CUCUCUUAUAGACCCACUUCAGCUUUCACCUUUCUGAAAUCAAAGAUACACACUUUUUGAACAUACUCAAUCAUGGGUCUUAAAAUUGAGCAACAACAACAUCAACAACCUUGUGUAGAGCUUUCAAAAAUUGCUAUCUCUAAUACACAUGGUGAAGAUUCUCCUUACUUUGCUGGUUGGAAAGUCUACGAUGAAAAUCCGUAUGAUGAAUUCACCAACCCCUCAGGAGUUAUUCAAAUGGGCCUAGCAGAAAAUCAAGUUUCAUUUGAUUUACUUGAGAAGUACCUAGAAGAACAUAAAGAGACAAAAGGAGCAUUAGAAACAAAUUUUAAAGAAAAUGCAUUGUUCCAAGACUACCAUGGACUAAAAUCAUUCAGAUCAGCAAUGGCAAGCUUCAUGGGAGAAAUUAGAGGGAAUAGAGCAAAGUUUGAUCCUGAUAGAAUUGUCCUCACUGCUGGUGCAACUGCAGCCAAUGAACUCUUAACCUUCAUCCUCGCAAACCCGGGAGAUGCUCUUCUUGUUCCUACCCCAUACUACCCUGGAUUUGAUAGAGAUUUGAGAUGGAGAACUGGUGUGAACAUUGUUCCAAUCCAUUGUGAUAGUUCAAACAACUUUCAAAUAACAGAACAAGCAUUGGAAUCAGCAUACAAAGAUGCAGAAUCAAUGAGUUAUAGAGUGAGGGGAAUUCUGAUAACAAAUCCUUCAAAUCCUUUGGGCAUAACAAUCCAACGUUCAGUUCUAGAGUUGCUUCUUAAUUUUGUCACAAAGAAGAACAUCCACCUAGUCUCUGACGAAAUCUACUCCGGCUCGGUAUUCUCCUCGUCCGAAUUCGUCAGCGUGGCAGAAGUUCUUGAGUCGCGAAACUACAAGAACUCUGCUGAAAGGGUUCACAUUGUUUAUAGCCUCUCGAAAGAUCUUGGCCUUCCAGGAUUCCGUGUUGGAACAAUAUAUUCUUACAACGACAGAGUCGUUACCACUGCUCGACGAAUGUCGAGUUUUACACUCAUAUCAUCACAAACACAGAAUCUUUUAGCUUCAAUGCUGUCAAACAAGAGCUUCACUAAGAGCUACAUUAAGAUCAAUAGAGAGAGGUUGAAUAAGAGGUACCAGAUGAUCAUUGAAGGAUUGAAGAGUGCAGGAAUUGAAUGCCUUAAAGGGAACGCAGGGCUGUUUUGUUGGAUGAAUCUGAGCCCAUUGUUGGAAGAUAAAACGUCAAGAAAAUCUGAAUUGGAGCUAUGGAAUGCAAUUCUUCACGAGGUGAAGUUGAACAUCUCACCUGGUUCUUCUUGCCAUUGUUUAGAGCCUGGUUGGUUCAGGGUUUGCUUUGCAAACAUGUCUGAGAACACUUUGAAGAUUGCAUUGGAAAGAAUUUGCAAGUUUAUGGAAAGAAUAAAAUCACAACAGUAACAAAUUAAAUAAUUAUUAAUCUGUUUCUCUUUCCCUUCUUAGAGUCCUUUUUUUCAAAUGGUUGGUGGCCAUUUUGAUAUAUCAUAAUUCUUUACUUGGGUGAUUAAUCAGUUAAUUAAGGACAUAUUGUGAAG